AUGACUGCGUCUGAUGAAGACGUCGAGAAGAAGGUGCCUUCGGCUGUUGAGCCUGCAUCUGAUGGGUCGGCUCCGGCAUAUGGAGACACCGCACACCAUUCUACAGGCGAUGUCGAGGAAGGCCAACAUAAGUUGAAGCGAAAUCUUAAAGGCCGCCACAUGCAGAUGAUUGCUAUUGGUGGUGCUAUUGGUGCUGGUCUGUGGGUCAGUACAGGAAGUGCAUUGCGAUCGGGAGGUCCUGGUGCUCUGCUUGUCUGUUAUCUUAUCAUGGGUGGCAUGAUGUUGUUGACUGUCCAAGCUCUUGGAGAGAUGGCUGUCGUCUACCCUGAAAAUGGUGCUUUCUUCUCUUACUGUGUCCGCUUUAUCAGUCCUGCUUGGGGUUUCGCUGUCGGUUGGGACUAUGCACUCAACUGGCUCGUCAUUCUUCCCUUCGAGCUGACGGCUGCCAGUCUUACCCUUAAUUUUUGGCCAGCUGCCGAGAAAAUAAAUGUCGGUGUAUGGAUAACAAUCUUUCUUGUUGUUCUUACAGCUAUCCAAGUUUUUGGUGUUCGAGGCUACGGUGAAGUCGAGUUUGUUCUUGGUGUAAUCAAAGUCGUCGCCGUCAUUGGCUUCAUCAUUCUCGGUAUUGUCAUUGACUGCGGUGGUGCGCCAAAGGGCGGAUACCUUGGAGCUCACUACUGGUAUGAUCCGGGUGCUUUCACAACCUUUUAUGGAUUCUGCAAUGUCUUUACAGCCGCCGCUUUUGCUUUCGGUGGUACUGAAAUGGCUGGUCUUGCUGCUGCUGAGGCCGCGAACCCUGCAAAGUCUCUUCCAAAGGCGUGCAAGCAAGUCUUCUGGCGUAUCCUUAUCUUCUACGUCCUGGGAACCUUCGUCGUCGGUCUUAUUGUACCGUACAACGCGUCCUUCCUCCUUGGUGCCUCUGACUCUAGUACUAAGGACUCUCCCUUCGUCAAGUCUAUUGAACAGGCCGGUAUUGCCGGUCUUCCUUCCGUUAUGAAUGCUGUUAUCACCGUCUCCGUUAUCAGUGUCGCCAACUCCGCUACCUAUGGAUCCAGUCGCACAAUUCAAGCCCUCGCCGCCCGCAAGAUGGCACCUAAGUGGAUGGCCUACAUUGAUAAGAAGGGUCGCCCAGUCUGGUCUAUUGUCCUCCAGCUCCUCUUUGGUCUCCUUGCCUACCUCAACGAGGCAGCAGCUGGUGACACCAUCUUCGACUGGCUUCUGGCUCUUUCCGCUGUCUCUGACUUUUUCAUCUGGGGAAGUAUCUGCUUUGCUCACAUCCAGUUCCGCAAGGCUUGGCGUCACAAUGGCCACAGCGUCAAGGAUCUUGUUUACGCUGCUCCGUUUGGUGAGAUUGGCAGCUGGGUAGGUGUUGCACUUAACAUCCUCUGUCUUAUUGCCGAGUUCUAUGUGGCCGUCUAUCCAAAGAGCGCGAACGCUUUCUUUCAGGCCUACCUCGCUGUUCCUAUUAUCAUCGCUUUCUUUAUCUUUUGGGUUGUUUACACCAAGUUUAACAAGGACCCUACGCUUGAGCGUGGUGCUUGGUUCAUCAAGGUCAAGGAUAUGGAUAUUUACAGUGGGAUGCGCGAUGGUGUCCUCGAUGUGGAUCUUCCACCUAAGGUCGAGUACCCCACCUGGGGUGCUUAUUUCAAGGCGGCUCCUAUGAGAAUCUUCCGCUCUAUCAUCUAA